GGAGGGGUGGCGUUCUCGCUCGGAGCAGCGCGCGCACGGUUGAGGAGAAGAGGAGCGCGGCGACCAGAGCACGCGCUCCCAGCCCGCUCCUCUCCGUCAUUAGCGCUCAUUUACCUCCCGGACGAUGCUGCCGCCGUUCAGGUGCCUCUGACGAGUAGUGCUCCUGACCUAUCUGCUCCGUUACAGCCUAACGCCUGGCUUAUUACUCAAACUCACUGAAGGGAGCAACACAGUAGCUGGCAAAGGAUGAAACGGGUCUGCUUGGCAACACCAGACGGAGGAUAGAAGACACAAAAGGACUAGCGAAGGGGAGAGAGGCUGAAAGAGAGGCUGAGAGAGAGAGAGAGAGAGAGAGAGAGAGCGAGAGAGAGGAAAACUAGUGAAGAGAGCCACAACAAAGCUGUGCGAAGCAACAACAAUCAAGAUGCCACGCCGAAGGAAAGACACAAGUUUUACUUGAGCGUCAUGAACUAGUGAGGGCCCCCUUAUAGAUCUAGAACUGUGGACGUUUUCAACAGACUUUGGGCAUACACACACAAAAAUAAUUUGUGAAUACACACAGUCCUGCUCUCUGGGGCUCCUUGUUAACACCUGCUAUGCCUCUAUAAGAAGUGUUAGCCAUGCCAGCCAAGGGAAAGUACCUGUUGAAUGACCAGGAGCUGAAAAAUGAGGCACUAUACCGCAAGUUCUCCUGCAUCAGCCAGUAUCAGCCACUGGUACUCCUGCUGGGCCUCUCAAUGCUCUCCUGUGGAAUUCUCCUUAUCCUCUUCUUUGCCCUUGGACUGAGCGCAAAGCAACAUUGUGCCUUUGUGAGUGUGGUGAGCGGCAGCCUGUGUGUGUUCCUAGCUGUGUUUGUGCUGGUCUGUACGGAGAUGCUCUCACAGCGAUGGAGGCGUCUAUUGGGCCUGAUUGUUUGGGCCACACACCUCACCUUGGGAUACACCUUCAUCUUCAACAGCCCCAUCAUCUUGCCUUGGGACCAGGUGCCUUUCUUCCUCUUCAUCAUCUUCACGGUGUACACUAUGCUGCCAUUCCAGUUGUGGUAUGCUGUGGUGCUGAGUGUCAUCUCUUCCCUGUCCCAUAUUAUGGCCCUCACAUUGCGCCUCACCAUUUAUAGCAAGGAGCCAACUCCUUACCUUGCCAACCAGCUGCUGUCCAAUGCAGUGGUGUUUCUGUGUGGCAGUGUGGUUGGAGCCUUUCACAAGGUCCUAAUGGAAAAAACCCUGAGGCAGACCUUCCAAGACACUCUGAGGUGCCUGAGCAUGCGGAUGAAACUUGAGAUAGAAAAGAGACAACAGGAAAACCUGUUGCAGUCUGUGCUGCCAGUCUAUAUCUCCAUGAAGAUGAAACUUGCAAUAAUGGAGCGCUUGCAAGAUUGUAAAGACAAAGAAGAGCAGCAGCGACUGGUCAAAGACAACAACUUCCACAGUCUUUAUGUCAAGAGGCAUGAAAAUGUCAGUAUUCUCUAUGCGGACAUUGUUGGUUUCACCCGAUUGGCCAGUGACUGUUCUCCCAAGGAGCUUGUCAUUAUGCUCAAUGAAUUGUUUGGAAAGUUUGAUCAAAUUGCCAAGGAAAACGAAUGCAUGAGGAUCAAAAUCCUUGGAGACUGCUACUACUGUGUGUCUGGGCUGCCAGUCUCACUGCCUAAGCAUGCUAAGAACUGCGUCAAAAUGGGCCUGGACAUGUGUGAAGCCAUCAAGCAGGUAAGGGAAGCCACGGGAGUGGAAAUCAAUAUGAGAGUGGGCGUUCACUCAGGCAAUGUGCUCUGCGGCGUGAUUGGCCUUCGCAAGUGGCAGUUUGACGUGUGGUCACAUGAUGUCACGCUUGCCAAUCAUAUGGAGUCAGGAGGGCUUCCAGGACGUGUACACAUCACAGAGGCAACUUUGAAGCACCUGAACAAAGCUUAUGAAGUGGAAGAAGGCAACGGCCACCUCAGGGACCCUUAUCUGAAGGAGCUCAAUGUCCAGACCUAUCUAGUCAUAGAUCCACGGUCUAAGGACCCAUCGCUGAACACGCGCAGUGCGCCUAAGCCUCGGGUGAAUGAUGGUCUGAAGAUGCGGGCAUCUGUUCGUAUGACACGUUACCUUGAAUCCUGGGGAGCUGUCAAACCUUUUGCCCACCUCCAGAACCGAGAGGGCUUUACCCCAGACACCAUUGUCAAUGGCAAGACACGUUUCAAGGACAUUCCUCUGCGACCAGCCCCAGGCAACAAGAUCACUGAGAGCUUUGAUGAGUCUCUUGAAGAGCCAUUCUCCUUGCCCAACCCUCCGUUCAGCAGCUAUAAGAACAAAUCCCAGAAGAGUAAGUUUGAUGAGGAGCUGCACAAUGAGAUGACCACUACCAUAGAUGAGCUUAGCAGCAAGCAGUGGUCAAAGUCUGAAGAGAGUAGCAGUUUAGCUCUGUGGUUUCCAAAGAAAGAUCUGGAAAAACAGUACCGAGCACUGGAUUUGCCAAUGUUCAAGUACUAUGUCAGCUGUGCCACCUUCAUCUUCCUUUGUAUCUUCUUGGUUCAGAUGUUUGUCGCAAAGGAUCGACAGACGCUCGGGAUGUCAUUUGGAGUGUUGGUUUGUGUACUGCUGCUGACGCUGGCCAUCUGUUUUGCAGGUCAUGUGCAGCGCCUGUUUGCAGAGAAGCUGUCAAGGUGUCAGUGGCUGCCAGCUGUGUCUGAGGCGGUGGUUAAACGGCCAUGUGUGCGCCUCCCUCUGGCAACUAUCACCACUGCUGUCAUCAUUAUCUUGGCAGUGUUCAACUUGUGCUUCGUCCAGGCGCAUUUGGAAGAAGAUAUGGCUGACCUCUUCUGUCUGCCUUACUCUGUGUACUGCUGUAUCUUAUCACUCAUUGCCUGUGGAGUCUUCCUGCGGGUGAGCUUUGAGCUCAAAGUGCUGUUCCUCACCGUGGCCUCCACAGCUUACUACAUCAUCAUCCUCAGCACCAGGAGUCACCUGUUUUUGGCCUAUGAAAAAUUCCUGAAUGCUCAGAUCAAUGGCAGCUGGAACUGCAACAGUGGAAACGAUACUUCCAUCUUGAACUGCAUAGGGCUGGUAAAACACCCCCAGGGUAUGAGCUGCAUAUACAUCACACUGUUCCUGGUCACCAUGCUCAUCAUCUCACAGCAGAACGAGUCCUGCUUCCGCCAGGACUUCUUGCUGAAGUACAAGAACCACACAGAGCAGGAUGAGAUCGAGACCAGGGAGAACCUGAACCGCCUGCUGCUGGAAAACGUACUGCCGGCCCACGUGGCAGCACUGUUUGUUGGGGAGAAUAAAAAGAACGAGGAUCUCUACUACAAGUCAUAUGACUGUGUGUGUGUGAUGUUCGCCUCAGUGCCAGAUUUCAAAGAAUUUUAUACCGAGUGUGAUAUCAACAAGGAGGGCCUGGAAUGUCUGAGGCUGCUCAACGAAAUCAUCGCUGACUUUGAUGAGCUGCUGUCCAAACCAAAGUUCAGUGGUGUGGAGAAGAUCAAGACAAUUGGCAGCACUUACAUGGCGGCUGCGGGGCUUAGUGGGACGCCUGGUCAGGAGAACAAUCAGGAUAGAGAGAUUGGGAUCAUGGUGGAGUUUGCAAUCGCUCUGAUUGGCAAGUUGGAUGGCAUCAACAGACAUUCAUUUAAUAGCUUCAGGCUUCGUGUGGGAAUUAAUCACGGCCCAGUGAUAGCUGGAGUGAUCGGGGCCAGGAAGCCUCAGUAUGACAUCUGGGGCAACACGGUCAACGUAGCCAGCAGGAUGGAGAGCACUGGGGAGCUUGGAAAGAUCCAGGUAACAGAUGAGACGGCUGAAGUGCUGAAUAGGCUGGGCUACUCGUGCGAGUGUCGAGGAUUCAUCAACGUCAAGGGAAAAGGGGAGCUGAAAACCUUCUUUGUGUGUACCGACAUGAGCAAGCAGCAAGGUAUGGGGCUGAGCUGAGGCCACGCCGUCACAGCUGACAGAACUGGAGACAGAGCCGUGUGCACAAGUCCAGAGUUUACACACUCCUGCACACCACAAAGGCAGACCUGACUCUAAUCCAGCUGUGUUCCUGUGAUGUUGCUGAAUUAAGGAUUUAGAGGAACUGCACCUUUGCAGGUGGAUGUCACAUUCAACACUUGGCACCCUUUAGUCAGAUCAGGAGAAGAUGACUGAGGAGAUGGUCAGUAUGUACAACCACCAUCCUUUUCUAUUCACAAACACAUUCAUGUCCAGUGAUUAGUCACUGUUGUACCUUUUUCCGUCUCUUAACUUAAUGUGAUAGAAAAAAUGUGUAUUGUACUAAUGCCAAAAAGUUGUUUUUUUCUUUGGUCUUUAAAAUAACGAUGGAUUCUGUUUGGAUCAUAAUCUGAAGCCCAUCUGUAUUCCUGUUUAAAAGGUGAAGGACACUCUGCUGUUACCGUGUAAUGAGCAAGACGUAUGUGAAGUGUUUUAAAGGGAGCAGUUUCAGUGUCAAAACUCUUUUCUUGCUCCCUUCUGCUGGACAUAUUCACCUAACAAAUAGUAGUAAGUUUCUCUUUGUGGCCAGGCUGCAAAUCCUAAAGCCAUCUCUGAUAAAGAUUAGCACACUGUAACUUCAGGUUCAGGCUUAACAACUCUUUUACGUGGACCAGCUGUGCCGUUUGGCCACAGUAACAACUGUUUAAUAUUACAUAAGACAUGAUAUGUACUGUGUUUCAGGAAGAAAUAGAUAAAUCCUUGUGCUGUAUGUUUGUCAUCUGUUUAAGGUGUUUAUUCUGCACAGAUAAGAAAUCAAUUUUCAGUGUGUUUUGCUGCCUGUCUGCAUAUAUGCUGCAAUGAGGAAGUCUGUGACGCUGUUCCGGUGUCUUUAGUCAGUGCAAUCUUACAACCUGCCUGCUGUGAAUGUUUUUUCUGGCCCCAGCUCAGACCCGAUCUCUCUUUGUGCCUCUGAAACUUGAUUUGUCUUGUGGCCUUAACUUCUGAGACCAACAUCUUGUCUGUAAUUGUGGUUACAUAAUAGUAAUAAUAACAAUAAUAAUAAUAAUGUAUUGGCCUUUAUGUGAACAAAUGUGACAUUGACUUUUGUACAGUUACAGAAUGUAAUAAAUGUUUUCCUAAGUCUG